AGCCCUUCUGGCCCAACGAUACGCCCGUUCCGAACGCCCAAAGUUGUCUGACGUCCUCUCCGCAGUGAGGGAGGGCCAUGAGCUACGAAACUGCAGACUCGCAGAAGGAGGAGUUCCGCAAGUAUUUGGAGAAGAACGGCAUCAUCUCUCAGCUCACCCGUGUGCUUGUGGGACUCUAUGAGGAACCCGAACGUCCCGCCAAUGCUGUCGACUACAUCAAAAAAUACCUGGGGGCUCCCACAGGUGUGGAUGUCGAAGAGCUAAGGGCGGACAAUGAUGAGCUUCGGCGUCAGAAUGCCGAGCUGGAAGCCAAGGUGGCAAGCCUGACACAGCAACUGAAAGAGCUUCAGACAGAGCAGGAGGAGCAGGAGGGAUAGCCAAAGAGGGGCAUUACAUGAUCAAUGACAGGAGGUGGUCGUCGACCAUCCCGAGAGGCUCGGCAUUGAAUGCGAUGUCUGAGACGCGACCCAUUUGAGCCAGAGAUCUCCAGAAAAGCACAAGAGCC